AUGGAUGUAACCAUGAAAAAUGUUGAGAGCGAAUCUUCUUAUUACUACUAUUCCACUUCAUCACCAUCAUCCACUUCUUCGCAGAGUCAACUCUGCAACCAGAAUUCUCCAUCGGAUAACUCAUCAUCGCAUGCACAAGCAACAAACCCAGCGUUGAGAUCUCACAAGAGGAAAGCCGGGAGAAAGAAGUUCCGAGAGACACGCCAUCCAGUGUACAGAGGAGUUCGUCAGAGAAACGGUGAGAAAUGGGUGUGUGAAAUCCGUGAACCGAACAAUAAAGCAAGGAUAUGGCUUGGGACACACUCUACGCCGGAAAUGGCAGCUAGGGCACAUGACGUGGCUGUCCUAGCACUUAACGGCACCUCCGCGGUGUUCAAUUUUCCUGAUGCGGUUUCUCUUCUUCCAGUUGCAAAGUCAUCUUCAGCUGCAGAUAUUAGACUAGCUGCAGCACAAGUUUGCAAUGAUUUUGUACCAACCAACCCUUCUUCAACUGAUUCAAGGGUUGCAAUUGAAACUAACCAUUGUUCGGUGGAGGGUGUUGAAGAUUUUGCCGUGACAGUGAAUAACGAUGAUGAGUCCAACAAAUCAGUGUUUUUUGAUGAAGAGGCUCUUUAUAACAUGCCAGGCUUGUUAGAUAGUAUGGCAGAGGGUCUUCUCGUUACUCCACCUUCAAUGAAGAGAUUUGAUUGGGACGAGGUUGACUGUGAAACAGACCUCACUCUCUGGACAUAA